AUGCAGCUCCUCACUACGCGCCUUGCCAGGCCGCUCCUCAGCAAGCCGCUCUCCUCCCCCUCGAGGACCUUUUCCACUCUUUCGCCUCUCCGCCCGGCCCUCUCUCCCUUCCGCCAACGCGCCGGCACCAGCCCCUUUGUCCUCGCCAACACCGGCUUCGCGCCUACGCCUGCCGCCGCCGCCGCCGCUCCCUCCGACAUCGUUCCCUCGAGCGCCGUCUCGUCGCACCCGGCCUUGAGCGGCCUGCAGCUGCGCUUCGGCCCGCGCAACACCAUGAAUGGCCACACGCGCCUCAUCCAGAAGCGGCGGCACGGCUUUCUCCACCGCAUGCGCUCCAAGACGGGGCGUAGGAUCUUGCUGAGGAGGAAGUUGAAGGGCCGCCGCCAGCUCGGGUGGUAG